AUGGAGGCCUUCACGGCUGUGAUGAAGACCAUGGAUGAGUCUGUUGAGACUACAGUGUUCGACUAUGAGAAUUCACUGCCAUGUGAAAAAGUCAACAUCAAGCAGCUAGGAGCCCAAUUCUUGCCCCCACUGUAUUCCCUGGUGUUUGUGGUUGGUCUGCUGGGCAAUGUGGUGGUGGUGGUGAUCCUCAUGAAAUACAAGAGGCUCUGGAUUAUGACCAACAUCUUCCUGCUCAAUUUGGCCAUUUCUGACUUGCUCUUUCUAUUCACCCUGGUGUUCUGGAUUCACUAUGCUGAGUCGAAUGAAUGGGUUUUUGGCCCUUCCAUGUGUAAGCUUCUCUCUGGGCUUUAUUACGUGGGCUUAUACAGUGAGAUCUUUUUCAUCAUCCUGCUGACCAUAGACCGGUACCUGGCCAUCGUCCAUGCUGUGUUUGCCCUUCGAGCCCGGACUGUCACUUUUGGUGUCAUCACGAGUGUUCUCACCUGGGGCAUGGCAGGGCUAGCAGCCCUCCCUGAAUUUAUCUUCCAUGAAUCCCAAAAAGAGGCCCAACAGUUUGUCUGCUCACCUAUUUACCCAGAAGACCAAGAAGACAGAUGGAAGCGUUUCCAUGCUCUGAGAAUGAAUAUCCUGGGUCUCAUUCUGCCUUUGCUCAUCAUGGUUGUUUGCUACUCUGGAAUUAUUAAAACGCUGCUGAGAUGCCCCAGUAAGAAAAAGUACAAGGCCAUCCGGCUCAUUUUUGUCAUCAUGGUGGUCUUUUUCAUUUUCUGGACACCCUACAACCUGGUCCUCCUCCUCUCGGCUUUUCAAACGAUCUUCUUUGAGACCAGUUGUGAGCAGAGCAAACAGCUGGACGUGGCCAUGCAGGUGACGGAGGUGAUCGCCUACACGCACUGCUGCGUCAACCCCAUCAUCUAUGCCUUCGUUGGGGAGAGGUUCAGGAAGCACCUCUGCCACUUCUUCCGCAGGCACGUGGCCACCUACCUGGGCAAAUACAUCCCAUUCCUUCCCAGUGAGAAGUCAGAUAGAGCCAGCUCGGUAUCCCCAUCAACAGGGGAGCAGGAAUUGUCAUUUGUAUUUUAA